AUGAGCACGAGCACGAGCACGAGCACGAUGCUUGAUAUCCAAUGUAGUGGGACGCCGUACGAAAUCGGCCAUACGCAUGGAAAACUGGCUAGGGAUAAAAUAGUGCGGUCUAUCACAUUCUAUAGACAACUAUUUCAAGAGUCGUGCUCACUGAGCUGGGCAGAAGUCCUACAGGAGGCCUCCACGUAUUUUCAGCGUCUAAAGGAGAUCGCACCACGAUACCUGGUGGAGAUCAGUGGCAUUGCUGAUGGGGCUAACAUACCGUUCCUGGAUAUUCUGGCGUUGAACGUCCGAUCUGAGAUCAAUUUCGGUCUCUUUUCUAAUAAAACCAAGGGCGCAAUCAAUGUCCCCAGUGAUGGCUGCACCAGUCUAGGUUGGCUGUCCAAGUCAAAAUCUUAUCUUGGCCAGAACUGGGACUGGAGGGUUGAACAAGGGGAUAAUCUCAUCAUAUGCCGGAUAGCACACCCAGGUACAGAUAUUCCCGAUAUCUCGAUGGUCACCGAAGCUGGCAUUAUCGGGAAGAUUGGGUUCAAUUCGGAGGGAGUAGGCUGCUGUUUAAAUGCCAUCCGCUGUCGUGGCCUCGACCGGUCCAAGUUACCAGUGCACUUCGCACUCCGAGUCGUGCUAGAAUCACGAUCUCGAGCGGAGGCUGUGAAAAUGCUUGAGCAUUCUGGCGUGGCUGGGGGAGGGCACAUUCUGGUAGGAGAUCCAACAGGGUCGACGGGGCUCGAGUGCACAAGUCUCUGGGUCAAGGAACUGCCUAUGGACAACCAGGGACGAGUGUGUCAUACGAACCACCUCGUUCUCGAUAAGUCAGACAUCGAUGAGCCCCCUUGGUUGGAUGACUCCCCAAUACGACUAGCGCGAAUCCGAGAGCUCACGUCCCAGAUGCCGGAUCCAUCAGUUGAUACGAUAUUUGAGGCGUUCAAGGAUAUCCAGGGGUAUCCGACAUCUAUCAAUAGAAAGCAAGAAAGCAACAGCCAUACCCAGACUAUCUUUAAUAUCGUAAUGGAUCUAACGAGCAAGAAGGCUCAGGUGACGUUUGGCAGGCCUACAGAGUACAGCGAGCAGGUUCUUCUCGCUUUUUAA